CAGCUCUCGCGUGAUCAGGGAGGUGGGAAGUAUCCUGGGCUGGGGGUGGGGGUGCGCUGCACUGCUCCUGUCGCCGUCGCGGCUUCCGGUGCUAGGUGGAGGGAAGGAGGGAGGGAGCCGCGGAGCGGGCCAGGGGAGCAGCCGCGCUGAAGUCGGCUUGGGGAGCCGGAGGGAGAGGAGCGAGAGGCGAGCGGAACCUGAAGGGCGGAGGCUGCGGCCGCAGCGGAGGAGUCGGGAGCCGGAACAGGAUCAGUCCUCCAUACCAGGGACCAGGACAAAACCAGACUGCCACUGCCCCCACUUGGGCCUCACUGUCCUCAGAACGCAGCUGCUGUGAUCAUGGGCAAUAUCUUUGGAAACCUUUUGAAGAGCCUGAUUGGGAAGAAGGAGAUGCGCAUCCUGAUGGUGGGCCUGGAUGCUGCAGGAAAGACCACCAUCCUGUACAAGCUGAAACUGGGGGAGAUCGUCACCACCAUCCCUACCAUUGGGUUCAACGUGGAGACAGUGGAGUAUAAGAACAUCAGCUUUACAGUGUGGGAUGUGGGUGGCCAGGACAAGAUUCGGCCCCUCUGGAGACACUACUUCCAGAAUACCCAAGGGUUGAUAUUUGUGGUCGACAGCAAUGAUCGGGAGCGAGUAAAUGAGGCCCGGGAAGAGCUGAUGAGAAUGCUGGCCGAAGAUGAGCUCCGGGAUGCUGUACUUCUUGUCUUUGCAAACAAACAGGACCUGCCUAAUGCUAUGAAUGCUGCUGAGAUCACAGACAAGCUGGGCCUGCAUUCCCUUCGUCACCGCAACUGGUACAUUCAAGCCACCUGUGCCACCAGUGGGGACGGGCUGUAUGAAGGCCUGGACUGGCUGGCCAAUCAGCUCAAAAACAAGAAGUGAGAGCCAGGCAGCCCUAUCCGAGUGCCCCACCCACCCCUGACAUACUUGUUGUCUCCCAACCCCAGCCCUACCCCUUCCUUCCCAUUGCAAGUGUGGCCAGGGACCUGGGUAUCAUGUCCGCAUGCCCAGCAAGAGCCUUGCCUCCCCUGCCUUCCCUUCUCUCCCCUAUCCACUGACAUGACCAGUCCCCAGUUGCUGUCCUGUUGAUGAAUCAUUCCAAUUUACUGGAUUUAAAACAAAAACAAGGUUGUUAUGGUUUCAUGGGGUGGCCCCUCUCUCUCUCACCCUCUGGGUUUUGGGGUGGGGUAUUCUCUCUGUUUGCUUCAUUUGGCACUGGUUGCUGUGCUCUUGGCAUCUGAGUCCUUUCCUUGUCCCCACAAGCCCCUCUUCUGCUCCUUGUCUUCCUUUCCUUCACCACCCUCUCCCUGUUCUACAUGGAAAUUGCACGGGCCUCUCUGUGUGUGCGUGCAUGUGUGCGCCUGUAUAUACAUGUAUAGAGAGAUAUAUAUGUAGGGGAAAGGGGGAGGGGGUGGAAUACAGCUCAGGGCUUGUAGCCAGGACACUGCCCACUGGGGCCUAUCAUCUGCCCCUUCCACGUUAGUUAAAGGAAGAAGGUUGGGGGAGGGAAUUGGUCAGGCUGGACUGCCCCGGUCUUGGACUGGUUUUCCUCCUCUCUGCAGGUAGGUUAUCCUGGAUGGCAGGACAGAUAAUGGAUUCUUCACCACCAUCUUCCUUGUACUCCCCUUUCUACCUUUCGUAGGGUUGGAGGGUGGCAUUUAUCUCUAGAUGGCUGUUCCCAAGGAGAUGCCAUUCUGCUAUGCCUUGUUAUUGGGAAGGCGAGAAGAACCCACUCACUCUUAUCAGCCCAGAGUGUUCAACUGAUCCACCCCCACCAUCCUUAGAUCUGUUCCUCAGGAGCUUGAGGAGGAGGAGGUGGUGAUAGCAAGACCGUGUGUGUGUGGUUACCAGGGCAUGGGGAAAGGGAGGAGGAGGCCUUAGGUUUUCCAUCUUCAUUCUCUUGUUACUAGGAGAAGUGAGGCAUGGAGCAGUCCCAUUCCUGCCUUCCUGCGUGCCCCCCCACAAUCUUCUGAUCUUGGGGGCUGGGCGGUUCAUUUAUCCUUUGUCAGAAGUUUUCGUACCCUAGUAGUCCUGCUGGCCUGACCAGGGCUGAUUGGGUGGUCUAAUGAGGAGCUGGGGAGUUGGGUGACAUAGCAGACCUCAAUAUCAACCCCCUGUCCAACUCUCAUUUUCUAGUCCAGGAUGUGCUAAAGGAUGAAGAUUUUCUAUUGUUUGUAGGCCCUCAGACCAUCCUUGCUGUCCCCUCCUCACCCAUUUGCCAUAAAUGGAUCUAGGGGUUGGAGUGGAGGAAAUAGAACCCUGAAAUGUCAUCGUUGGUGCUUGUGAGAUGUCGUAGUCUUCAGGGUCCUCCCCCCAUUAUGUAGUUGUUCAGAAGCUGCUGCUACUUCGUCUCUCUGUCUACAGGGGGCGCUUGUCCCUGUGGUCCUGGCCUGAGUCCUGACUUCUGCGGUUUGUGUGAAGCCGUGGCUGUUUUGUGGGCUCCUGUGUGUGCUGGCUGUGCCCUGAGCUCCAAGAUAGCUGCCCAUGCCUUUCCACUAAGGUCAGGGCUCAGGGCCCCCCACAGCAUGGCUGAAGGAUCCCUUCCCAGAAGGGCUGCCCCAAGCCCUACUCCAUGGGGCCAGGCUUCCUGCCCACUUUGUCUACAGCAGACAGAUUAAUACUCCUCACCCUACCCCAGAUUGAACUGUGAAAGAGUGGUUCCAGGGGUAUCUCCCUCAGUGCCAGUUACUUAGUGAUGUGUUACCCAAGAUGCAGUGGGUGUGUGUAGGUAUCUUGCUCUCUAGGUCUUUGUGUGUGUGUGUUUCUGUGUGUGUGCGUGUGUGUGUUUGGUGUGUGUGUGUGUAGGGGGGUGGGGGGACUUGGAAGUUCUGUUUCAUUUAAAAAUGUAUUUAUUCCCCUGACUCCACAGAUGCUUUCCUCUGCGCUUUUUCUUUGCUCUGUUUCCUCAAAUUUUUUUGUCCUGCCCCAUUGCCUUUCCAUCCCUGAACUCUUUCCUUUGCCUUCUCAAUUCAUUCACUGCUGUUGCUUGUUUGUCUUUUCCUUGUUUUUUUCCUACUUAAGAUUCCCCACUCUAUAUCUUUGUGGUUGGUGAGGACUUUGCCUCUUCUCCUGCUUCACUCCCUCUCUGACCCUCCCUAGUUAGAUGCCAAUCCCAAAUAGGUUUUCCUCAUUUCAGCCCUUAGCCCCCCCCCACGUUGUUUUGGGGGACUCCAAGGAUCAAUCUGGGGUAGAGGGUGUUAGGAAGCAGCCUUGGAGAUUGCCUUGGUGCUGCUCCAGACCUGGCCAGCAGGGGGCAGUAAGCGAUCUUGGAAGUAUCCCUGGCUGCUAAGCCCUUGGCAGGGGUGGUCCUUUCUGCAUUCCCAUUCACUUAACAGCUCUUUUGGGAUUGGGUGUUUCAUUCCAUUUCUGCCCACUCCCUCUCCUGCUCUCCUCUGGUAGGUUUAAUUUUAUGCUUUCUUCUUCCUGGGGACUCCCCCUCCCUGCCACCCCCAAAGUUUGUUUGUGGUGUUAUAGUGGUAACUGCAGUUCUGAACUGGUUUUUCUCUUCUUUUUUCCUCCUCUGGAAUGUAGACUGUAUAUGUUUAAUAAUUCACCUUCUCUAUCCUUGCUCAAAUGUGGGAUAACGCGAUGACUGUGACCCUGGUUGGAAAUUAAAAUUGUUUUAUGCAGCUUU